GCCGACCCUCCCUGCUCCCCCUCCCCACAUUUUUUUUAACCCCCCCUCUUUGGUGGUGGUUCGGACAUUUCAUGUAUUGAAAGAACUGGAAUUGCUUUCCGUGUGAGGAGGAUGGUUGCUGUUACUUUGUGAUGAGAUCGGGAAUGAAUUGCUCGGUUUAAAAAUGCUGCUUUGGAUUCUGUUGCUGGAGACGUCUCUUUGUUUUGCUGCUGGAAACGUUACAGGGGACGUUUGCAAAGAGAAGAUCUGUGCCUGCAACGAGAUAGAAGGGGAUUUGCACGUAGACUGUGAGAAAAAGGGAUUUACCAGCCUGCAACAUUUCACCGCCCCAACUUCCCAGUUUUACCAUUUAUUCCUGCAUGGAAAUUCCCUGACUCGACUUUUCCCUAAUGAGUUUGCUAACUUUUACAAUGCAGUCAGUUUGCACAUGGAAAACAACGGUUUGCAUGAGAUUGUUCCUGGGGCUUUUCUCGGGCUGCAGCUGGUGAAACGCUUGCAUAUAAACAACAACAAGAUCAAAUCGUUCAGGAAGCAGACUUUCCUGGGGCUGGACGAUUUGGAAUACCUCCAGGCAGAUUUUAAUCUAUUGCGGGAUAUUGACCCGGGAGCGUUUAGGGACUUAAACAAGCUAGAGGUGCUAAUUUUAAAUGACAAUCUCAUCAGCACCUUGCCCCCCAACGUGUUUCAGUAUGUGCCGAUCACUCAUCUCGACCUCCGGGGAAACCGUCUUAAAACCUUGCCUUACGAGGAGGUCCUGGAGCAGAUCCCAGGCAUUGCUGAAAUCCUGCUAGAGGAUAACCCCUGGGACUGCACUUGCGAUCUGCUGUCGUUGAAGGAAUGGCUGGAAAACAUACCCAAAAACGCUUUGAUCGGCAGAGUGAUUUGUGAGGCUCCCACUAGGUUGCAGGGCAAAGAUUUAAAUGAGACCACAGAGCAAGAGCUGUGCAAAAAGAACAGAGUGGAUUCUAGCCUCGCUGCUCCCCCUGCCGAAGAAGAAACCUGCGAUCCUGGUCCCAUUCCAACCCCCUUUAAAAUACAUGGCAAAGAAGACCCCGCCACGCCAGGAUCCGCUCCAAACGGAGGUACAAAGAUUCCCGUCAACUGGCAAAUCAAGACCAGACCCACGGCUGCCGUGUCGACAGUCAGCGCGAAGAGCAAGCUACCGGCCACCGCCUCCUGCCCGCAGAUCUGCAGCUGCGACCAGAUCCCCGGCUCGGGUUUAAAGGUUAAUUGCAACGACAGGAACGUGAGCAGCUUGGUGGAUUUGAAGCCCAAGCCCUCCAACGUGCUGGAGCUGUUUCUGAGAGACAACAAAAUACACACCAUCAGGAAAUCCCACUUUCUGGAUUACCGGAAACUUAAUUUACUUGAUCUUGGCAACAACAACAUCGCCACCGUCGAGAACAACACCUUCAAGAACCUCUUUGAUCUCCGAUGGCUCUACAUGGAUAGCAACUACCUAGACACCCUGUCCCGGGAGAAAUUCGCUGGGCUGCAAAACCUGGAGUAUCUGAACGUGGAGUUUAAUGGCAUCCAGCUGAUCAUGCCCGGCACCUUCAAUGCGAUGCCCAAACUGAGGGUCCUCAUCCUCAACAACAACCUGCUGAGGUCUCUCCCAGUAGACGUGUUCGCCGGGGUCUCGCUUUCCAAGCUGAGCAUACACAACAAUUAUUUCAUGUACCUCCCGGUGGCGGGGGUGCUGGACCAGCUCACCUCCAUCACCCAGAUCGACCUGCACGGCAACCCGUGGGACUGUACUUGCCCUAUCGUGCCUUUCAAACAGUGGGCGGAGAUGCUGCGCCCCAAGGUGAUUAUGAGCGACCUGAGGUGCGAGUCCCCUGAAGAUUUCUUCAAGGAGGAUUUCGAGUCUCUCUCCAACGACGUGAUUUGCCCUCAGUUAAAAAUCUCGCCCACAUUAACUUCCACUAACAAAAACAGCACCGGGUUGACAGAGACAGGUACUCACUCCAACUCCUACUUGGAGACCAGCCGGGUCUCUAUUUCGGUGCUGGUGCCAGGGCUCCUGCUGGUUUUUGUGACCUCCGCCUUCACGGUGGUUGGCAUGCUGGUGUUCAUCCUGAGGAACAGAAAGCGGUCCAAGAGGAGGGACGCCAACUCCUCCGCGUCCGAAAUCAACUCCCUGCAGACGGUCUGCGACUCGUCCUACUGGCACAACGGGCCCUACAGCGCCGACGGG